CAUACUCCAGUCCAGUAGGUGGCGGUAUUGCACCGCCAGUUACGAGUGUAAACAUAAAAGAAAAAGCACGAUUUUUAUUCGCGUUUGUUGUCAAGAUGGCGGCAGGAGUGUACUUAGAACAUUAUCUGGACAGUAUAGAGAAUCUGCCGUUUGAGCUGCAGAGGAAUUUCCAGCUCAUGAGAGACCUGGACGAGCGGACUGAGGACCUGAAGGGGCAGAUCGACUCACUUGCGCGGGAGUACACAACCAGCGCGCGGACUCUGUCUUCAGAGCAAAAGCUUUCCCUUCUGCGGCAGAUCCAGCAGUCUUAUGGCAAGUGCAAGGAGUUUGGGGACGACAAGAUCCAGCUGGCCAUGCAGACCUAUGAGAUGGUGGACAAACACAUCCGUCGGCUAGACACUGACUUGGCCCGCUUUGAGGCAGACCUCAAAGAGAAGCAGUUGGAGAGCACUGACUACGACUCCGCCUCCAGCAAGGGCAACAAGGCAGAGUCACGGGGGCUAAAAGACAAGAAGGUCGCCCGAACUCGGUCAAAGGUAAAGAACUCUGAUGACGACAGCAGCCCCAAGAACGGACAGAAGAAAGUCAAGCUCAUACACACAGUAGAGUUCCCCGCCCCCACAGUCAACUUUGGGAACGUCCACCCCUCCGAUGUGCUGGACAUGCCAGUGGACCCCAAUGAGCCCACCUACUGCCUGUGCCACCAGGUGUCCUACGGAGAGAUGAUCGGCUGCGAUAACACUGACUGUUCCAUCGAGUGGUUCCACUUUGCCUGUGUUGGACUGACAACAAAGCCCAGAGGAAAAUGGUACUGCCCACGUUGUUCCCAGGAAAGGAAGAAGAAAUGAAGCAGAGGACAGCGAAGGAGGGAAAAUGAGAGAAGGAUUUACUCUUUUCACCCUCACAGGGCAGUUAAUGUACACUAUUAUUUGGUGCUCGUAUUCCAUUCCGAUUGACAGACUGAUGGAUGAAAAACAAGUUUAAGUUCUGUGAUUAUUAUCAUUAUUAAUGCUAUUGACUUUUUUUUUUUUUUGUUAACGUUUGUCUUAUUUUUUCCAUGGAAUUGGUAAGAACUGACAGGAACACAAACAGCAUUAAGGUCUGACCGGCCAUUCCUCUUCCUAUGCACGGCUAUACUGUACCAGAUUAACUGGACCAUUACUGUAUUAUCUAUUGUGUUUCUUUUUGUAUGUUCAGGAUUGUUGUGACCCGACCUGUCACAUUUUCUCCUGGACAGUUUGAAGCGUGUGGACUGACUGAGGAGUAAGGCACUUGUCCUGUGAUAAGUUGGAUACUAUUUUUCUUAAACCGUAACUGGAAUAACUUGACACAAUUCAAACCUGGAGAGACUAGGUAACUCUUUCCAGUUCCUUUCCAGACACAGCUGAGGUUUUAUUUGUACGAAGCCUCUUCUUGACCAUCAUUCAUUUUCCUCAGAAUUACAAAGAAUGGUAGCUUUUUGUUCAAGCCAAUAGCAAAUUUGCCAGCUUGAGAAGUUAUGAAAAGAACGAAAAGAGGUUGCUGGGAAGUUGCAACAUGCUUCUUUUUCAUUUUUUAAAGCAAAAAUACGUGUGGUUAAUUCCGACAUGGUCCUAUUGUCAUUACGGUGUGCAUCCAUGCAGUGUAGUGUGAGGUCAAUGGUGGCAUUUACUGGUUUACCGCCCCCUCCCCCCUCCACUUCUUUUCCCCAUGUUUUGGUGGGGUGGAUAGGUGGGUAACAUUCGCCUUGUUACUGUUGUUAUUGAAUCCAUUUGUUAGUUUAACCGAAGCGUGUGCUAUUCUGAAAAGAAGCUGCAAUGAGCAGUACUGAGCUAAUGGUGUACUGUCUGGACAGUAUUAUGUUCUGGACUUACUGACAGUAUGGUAGUGGACUUUACUAUGUACGUACUGACAACAGGGAACAAAUACAAGUAUGGAACAAGUACAGUGGAAAUGCUGACUCUAUUUAAUUGAAAAAUCAAACAUGCAUACGGAAAUACUGUACAUCUUAUUCUGAAAGUGAACUGUUAUUUUGUUACAUCUAUAAUAUAAUACUAAUUUGAAGUACA